AUGUUACCUGUUCCACCUGUGGUAAAUCAACACACAAAAAAGGUGAUGAAUGAUUUUGUGUUUUCCAUGGGCCCAUAUCUAACAAAUGCCACUGCAAAAGAAAUCAUUGACUUCUUUCCUAAUCAAGAUAGAAAAACUUUACCAGAACCACUCAAACAUUGUAAAGGGUUGACAAAGAAUGUUUCUGUAGAGUGCACAAAACUUUCAUCCACUAAUAAUAUCCGUUUCACAUUCACCACAACCAGUGAUAUUAAAAGUCCACAACCACCAAUCACAUCACUUAUAAAAACACCAAUUACACCUUCGACAACAAUGGAUCAGCCAACCACCAGCACUACGAAGUCUCUCACCCCUGCAAAUAAUCUAUAG